GUUGCUUCCGCCGAGCCGUGCCACGAUGGGCAGGGAUCGUGCCCGCCCAGUCCGUUGCAUUCUCCCGCGUCCUUUGAAGGGUUUCCCUUUUUUAAACUGAAAAUACUUCCGAGGAAAUUUCAGCUCUAACAAUAAACCGGCCCCGGCCUCGGGAAAGAGAUUCUGGAAUCAUUAGUGAUCGAUCCCUUGGAGCCUCUGCCUGAUGAGCGGCGAUAACCAAAAAGGUGAAGGAAGUCAGAAAACGAGGUUAUCUUUCUAAGCUCUCACUGAAGAGUGAAAAUGCUGCCUUUCCCUUCCCGGCGUGUGCUACACUAACGCUCUAUAGGCGCAGAAGGAGGGAUUCUGAAUUUUCCGGCUCCAACGUCAAAAGACCAAGAAGAGAAAAAAUGCCCAAACCGAUCAAUGUAAGAGUUACGACAAUGGAUGCGGAACUGGAAUUUGCUAUUCAACCCAACACCACUGGUAAACAGCUUUUUGACCAGGUGGUGAAGACAGUUGGUCUACGUGAAGUCUGGUUUUUUGGGCUCCAGUACGUGGACAGCAAAGGUUACUCAACUUGGUUAAAGUUGAAUAAAAAGGUAACACAGCAAGAUGUGAGGAAAGAAAAUCCUCUGCAGUUCAAGUUUAGAGCUAAAUUCUUUCCUGAAGACGUGUCGGAGGAGUUGAUUCAGGAAAUUACUCAGAGACUCUUCUUCUUACAAGUGAAAGAGGCCAUCUUAAAUGAUGAAAUCUACUGCCCGCCAGAAACUGCUGUCCUACUCGCUUCGUAUGCCGUUCAAGCCAAAUAUGGAGAUUACAAUAAGGAGGCUCAUAAACUGGGUUAUUUAGCUAAUGACAGACUUCUCCCCCAGCGAGUUUUGGAGCAGCACAAACUGACAAAAGAGCAGUGGGAAGAAAGAAUACAGAACUGGCAUGAAGAACAUAGAGGAAUGUUAAGGGAAGAUUCUAUGAUGGAAUAUCUAAAGAUUGCCCAAGAUCUGGAGAUGUAUGGAGUCAACUACUUUGAAAUUAAGAAUAAAAAGGGAACUGAAUUGUGGCUAGGAGUUGAUGCUUUGGGUCUAAACAUCUAUGAGCACGAUGACAAGUUGACACCCAAAAUUGGUUUUCCUUGGAGUGAAAUCAGAAACAUUUCAUUUAAUGACAAAAAGUUUGUCAUAAAGCCAAUUGACAAAAAGGCCCCUGAUUUUGUUUUCUAUGCCCCUCGUCUGAGAAUCAAUAAGCGGAUCUUGGCCUUGUGCAUGGGGAACCACGAACUCUACAUGCGAAGAAGAAAACCGGACACGAUCGAAGUUCAGCAGAUGAAGGCCCAGGCAAGGGAGGAGAAACAUCAGAAGCAGCUGGAGAGGGCACAACUAGAGAAUGAGAAAAAGAAAAGGGAAAUUGCAGAGAAGGAAAAAGAAAGAAUAGAGCGCGAAAAGGAGGAACUAAUGGAACGUCUAAGACAAAUCGAAGAACAGACAAUGAAGGCCCAGAAAGAGUUGGAAGAACAGACUCGAAAAGCUCUAGAACUUGACCAGGAAAGAAAGCGAGCCAAAGAGGAAGCGGAACGGCUGGAAAGGGAGCGUCGAGCUGCAGAAGAGGCGAAGUCUGCUUUAGCCAAACAGGCCGCUGACCAGAUGAAAAACCAAGAACAACUAGCAGCAGAGCUGGCUGAAUUCACUGCCAAGAUUGCACUUCUAGAAGAAGCUAAGAAGAAGAAGGAAGAAGAAGCCUCAGAAUGGCAACACAAAGCUUUUGCAGCCCAAGAAGACUUGGAAAAGACCAAAGAAGAACUGAAAACUGUGAUGUCCGCUCCCCCUCCCCCUCCUCCCCCUCCGGUCAUCCCUCCGACAGAGAACGAACACGACGAACAGGAUGAGAACAGCGCAGAAGCUAGUGCCGAGCUGUUGAACGAAGGGGUCGUGAACCACAGGAGCGAGGAAGAGCGGGUGACGGAAACGCAGAAAAAUGAACGGGUGAAGAAACAACUCCAGGCCUUGAGUUCUGAGUUGGCCCAAGCCAGAGACGAAACCAAGAAAACACAAAACGACGUUCUUCACGCUGAGAACGUUAAAGCCGGCCGGGAUAAAUACAAGACUCUGCGGCAGAUCCGACAAGGCAACACGAAACAACGUAUCGAUGAGUUUGAAGCGAUGUGAGAGCUGUUAUUUUGCAUAUGUGUCCUUCGUAAAGCUGAACCACCAACAGAGAAAAACAGGCCUUUGCAGAUUUGAUGGCUUGCAUCCCACCUUGCCAAAGCACUUAAACCAGUUUAACUGUGAUGGUGAAAAAAGAAAAAAAAAAAAGGGAAGCUCUUCGGCAUUAAAGGCUGUGUGAUGAUAUGCUUAGUUUGUUUUUGUUUUUCCAUGCUCUCUCUCAUUCUCUCUCUGACCAACCUUCAUUUUCACAUUUAUAGAUGACAUUGUUUUUACUUUUUUGUUUUCCUCUUCGAAGGCUAACGUAAUUAUCGUGACUGAGAGUGUGUCUGCUGGGCAGUAGCACGCGGAGAAUGUAGAAGAUACGGGCAGUGAAGGCUUCAGAACGCUUAGCAGAGCACACUCCGGCGCCCCUCAUCAGUCAGUCAGUCGUGUUUGAGCGCUUACUUUGUGCAGAGCACUGGGAGAGUACAAUCAAAGAAUAAACAGACGUAUUUCCAGCCCACAACGAGCUUACAGUCUACAUCCCUGCCCCUCUCGUGCCACAGAUAUCCCAGCAGUCUUGUGACCGUUCUAGUGAGUUUAAAUGGCAGGUUGGCCAAUCUUAUUCACUCUUCAGAGCUGCCUCUGAAUAAGUCUGAAUCAUUCCAAAGACAAAUACCAUUUAGCCCAAAGCAGCACUCCCCCACACCCCGUCUCACUUUAACCUCAACUGCAAACAUCUGAUAUUGCCGACUCGGGAAUCGUCUUCGUUGUCCGUCAGAUCGUUUGGUGUUUCACCUCCUGUCAUCCUCCGAUGGUUUUCUUGUCCUACCUGUUCACAAAGGUCUAGACUGCGGGCGAUCGUUCCGCCAGAGAUUUUGGUAACGGAAUUUUACCUGGAGGUAGUAAUCGUACGCUCAAGCCUGGAGUAGUAUUGCGCUUUCCCAGAUUGCUUUAGAUAAGUUAUACUAAAGGAGAAGUGUAUAGCAGUGGAUAACUUUUUUUUAAUAGUUAUAAAGAGGAGAAACCUGGACCCUUCUGGCAAGGGAGCAUAUGAAAGCGGAAGUCCCAAGCAAGGGACAGUGUGUACUCCCUCAUCUCCCUGCACACGGUGACUGCCCUGGAGACAUCACGAAUAGGGAAUGAACUAAGUUUUGCAAUCUAGAGAUUCGGUAAAUCUUGAGGUAUGCAUCUUAAGAUUUUAGCUCUGAGAUGUUGGAUUGGGCUAAGCGAUGAACUGCCUAUUUUGCUCAAAUUGAUUUGAAUCGAAAUGGUGAGCUCACUGGUAUCCUGGCUUUCCGGAGGGGUGGCAAAUGAUAAUGAGUGUGCGCGAGGGGUAGGGAAGUGUGGGAGAGAGGGCACUCAUAGGAUGAGUGAAGAAAGUUUGGAGAUUCAUUUCCUGAAAGAGAAAUUUCAUCAUCAUGAGCACACCUGAAAAGUGAAUUCAGUCUUGCUUAUUUUUCUCUCACUCUUGUAAAGGAGGAUUUACACCUUUUGAGUGGUUUUAGAGUAGAAAGCUAAUAUUUCAUCUCAAUGACAGUUAGCCUUUAGGAAAUAGCCCUUAAUACUAACUUGGUCUCGGUGCUUUUUCUUUAAUGGAUUGAGCAGGAAAGGCCCGGCUCUCUGCGGGUUGCUUCACUUCCCGUCCGUUUGGUAUUAUGCCCUCAAAUUGGCUUUUAUCGAUUAAAUUUGCCAUUUGAUUGAACAUUUCUCAUGCACAAUAGGAUCAAGGUAUGUCCGGACAGUCUCCUUGGCGCUUUUGGAUUUCGAUGACUUUGACGAGGAAAAAAAUCUGGGCUGAAAAGGAAGGGCAUGCAUUGAAUACAUUUUGGCUCUGUGGACUGGAAGGUUAACGGUGAGGUGACUGAUGGGCAGGUAUUGUGCCAGCCACAAAAACACUGCUUUGUGGGGAUUAGUGUUUCUACUUGCGACGUACCAGCGGAACACAGGUUACGGAUCACAAGUUUCACACAAUGAAGCCCGGGCAUUGAGUUUUCCAAAACAUUAGAGCCGUUUGCCAGAGCAGGUGAAAAUACUGUGCUUCCAAUAACUUUUUAUAGGUUCAUUUAGUUUCUCUUGACAUGUGUGCACUAACAUUGAUAGAUCGGUUCGACAUCAGUGUUGAAAAACGACCAGUUAUGUUUGCUGUUCAUAAUCUAUAAUGUAUAGAUUAGAAUUGAAAUGGAGCUCAUCCAUUUAUGAAGCUGUGUGAAUAUUUCUAAAACAAGCAGGAGCAACCAUUUGUAACAUGGGUUUUUACGAUGAUCAAAAGCUAUCUGGCUGCUGCCCCUAGCAGUUGGGAAGACAGGCUGGAGCAAUAGCCUUCGGAAUAAAUUGAAGGAUACUUGGUCGAGUACACUUCUUACGUGCUUUAGCCCUUUGCAUCAUGAUUUGUGCGUAAAAUUGAGCUCCGGUUACAUCUACUAUUUUGGAUAACGUUCAUUGAUUAACAAUAAAGAGAUAAAAGCCCA